AUGACUGGGUUUGUUUGUCAGCCGCGAGCAGCCAUAUCAACCUUCUUCUAACAUGAAUAUGACAGUCUUUAACUUGUGUAACCACACAGGCUCUUGUUUCACAUAGUCACCAUUAGUAAUCACAGAUCAUCGCGGGUUUGGAUAUGGCGCGGAAAAGAGGGCAUCAGGAGACUGGUGGUAAACAUCCCCUGAAGCCACCAGACAGAGGCAGGAAACGGCAGAGACAAGAUGAACACAGCGGGAAGAGCACAAGUUCAGAAAAGCUGGAGACAAGCAUUGGUUCAAGAACACGAUCUACCCAGAACAAUGACAAAACAGCCUCUGACUGCAACCCCAGAACCCGAUCUUCCAUCCAUGAGAAAACAAAGUCCGUUUCUAGCCCUGAAGCUCCAUCAUCCCAUUCGACCUACCAGAAUGUGCAAAAGUCAGACACAAUAUCAGGCUUAGCUACUUAUUCUGGUAUCCAGAAAGAAUUAUUGCCCAAUUCUAAGAAGUCUCCAAGUGAUGCAGUGACUGGAAGUAAUCAAAGGACUAUUUCUGGGAUCCAGAAAGAAUUGUCGACCAAAUCUAAGGAGUCUCCUGCUGAUACAGAGACAGAAGCAAAUCAAAGAGCACACUUUGAAAACAAUAAUGAAGAUGAGAAAUGCCAGGAGUCAAAUAAUGCACAACUAACUCCUCAAAAGAAAUGUAGAAGGAAAUCAGUACAGAUGUUGGAUGAACAAAAACCAGGUUCUGUGUGUAGACAAAGUGAAGUAGUUGAACAUGAAGAUAAGAACAUAAAACAACAGAAAUCAAACAUAUCUGGUGAAUCCGACAGUCAGUCUGGUGAUACUGCUGAUAAAUACUCUCCGACCUUGACCCCUGACCAAGGUCGGAGGUUUUCAGGUCGUGUAAGGAAACUUACCAAAAAGGCUGCAGAGGCCAAAGAAACAUUCAAGUCAAAAUUCCGCAGCAAACCUGCAAGUCCCAGAACACAACACUCAAAGCUUGAGACACAGCCAGAAAAUGCAAUAGAAUUGUCAACCACUCCUGUCAAACACGUCCAUUCAGAAGCAGCCAAUAACUGUGGAGACACAGGUUUAAGUGAGGACAAAGAUGAGGAUGAGAGUGGUAGAGAAGCUGAUACAGAAUCGGGAUCAAGAAGCAAUGAGACCAGCACAAAUGUCCAACUUUCAGCAGUCCAAACUGAUUCAGGCUUGUCACCAUCUGGUGAAGUCGGGGAGACAGUUCUCAGCAGUACUGCUGAACCUGUGCCUGGAAAUGGUGAAUAUUGUCCAAGUCAUCAUUCAGGUACUUAUCCAUCACAUGAAACUGACAAUACGAUUUCUGUUGUCCUCGGAUCAGCUAAUGUUCUUUCAAGCAAUCAUUCCACUGGCCAUUGUUCCAAUGAUCUGAACACUGAUAAAGAAAUACCAGAGAUUGGAAGCAGUUGUCAUGGAGACUCUGGUGGUCAUGGUGAUCAUCUCUAUAAUGCCAGAUUACUCAAAACCUUCCAGCACUCAGUCCAGUCCACGUCCAGACCUCUUGAUCAUAGCAGUGUUUCUAUGGUAGCAGACAGGGGUGUUCAAGCAUCUUUGGUAAAAGACUCUUGUCAUCUGGUCAGUACAGGCAUUCAGGUGGACAGUAGUUUCUUGUCGCCAUGCCAACAGGCUAUAUUAGGCAGUGACACGCCUGAUGAUGAAGACCCAACAGCUAACACACAGCAGUCGUCUCCCUUCUCGACAGGUCUUCCUAAUGUGAAUUUUGCUUCCUUGCUUGCCUUACCAGAAGCAGGAGAAAAGGUUUUAGGGCGGAGUCUCUGCCCUCGUCAAGGACAGCUUGCUGCAGAUACAGGGCAUGCGACACUUCAUCACCCACGACCUUCCCACCAUGACCAGCGUGGCCUGCUUCCAGACUGCUGACAAGAUUGCCAUAAGCGGAACCAUCCAGGGCGUGUGUCGAGCCUGGUCCAUCCUCAGUAAUAUAGAACACCAUAUUCAGCAGAGGGAUAUAAAAAGUAAAAAAGCUGUCCAAAUUCAGUGGAUAACAAAGGCUGGAGUAAAGAAAGUUAUUGAGUUCAAGCGUCCAGUAGGUGACGAUUCUGUCUCCCCUACCAAGUCUUCCAAACCUCUGACAGUCAUGGUUGACAUCAAGACACCCGAAAAACAAACAGAAUCCACAAACAUGCCAAUCUCUCCUCUCAGCAAAUCACCCCAGACACAUUCCACUUCCGAUCAAAACAAUUCCAAUGCUAAAAACAACAUUCCAGAUCUCUGUUCCAAAAAACAAGUUAGCUUGUUGUCUGGAAAGUCGUAUUCUUACCCUCUCAUGGAUGGAUUUCCUCUGGGUAAUGUUGAAGAGAAGCAGACGUCAGAGGCAGAUGUUGUGCCUGACGAAACGGAGAUGGAGAAGCAGACGUCAUGUUCAACAGAUCUUGCAGACGACAAGGCAGCGAAAGCAGAAGGCACAAUGAAAACGGAUGCUUUGGAGGACAAUGAAACGCUAAACAAUACAGAUAUAAAGAAUUUGAUUAAGAAGAAAAUUAAGGCAAGUCUGGAAAGAAAUGAAGAAGAAACUCAGACUGAUUUGCAGGAUGACUUAUCCGAUUAUGAUUAUGAUGAUGUUCAUGAUGAGGACAGAGAUAGCAGUGGGGUAGAUACAGAGAAAGUGAUCAAGGUUGAGAAGACUCCUGACGAUCAUGUUCAGAAAGGCGACACUGUAAUCUGGAAGGGAGGGACAGAAACAACUACAUGAUAAUGGUUACCAAACGUGGGGAAUUUGUUUGUGAAUACUGUCCUGAGACCUUCCCCACAGAAGAUGAUCUUGCUUCCCACAGAGUUCACGAACAUGACAUUGAUGAAGCUACAGAAGAGAGUAGAUCAUUUGUGGAAUGCAAAACAUGUUCACAACGUUUCCGAUGUCAUUUGGAACUUCAUCGGCAUCAACGUCGGGCUCACAGUCUCAUCAGUCUGUUGCCCAAGACAGAGCCUUCUGUAAACC